AUGAACGACCAUGACGGCGAACGACAGGCAUCCUCUGAAAUUCGGAUCAAGUUACCACAUCAUAGCCGAUCUGGCGUGGGUACCGAAGGGAAAUCCAGGAAACGUUCUACUGUGAGCCAAAGCCAUGUGCGACCACGCCAAAAGGGUGCGAUAUCACCGCCCCCACUGAAGCGUCAACGCACAACCUACGAGGAUUCCAGCGCAGAGACAUAUCAUUCACGCUCGACGAGUCGACAGGCGUGUCCGCCAACUAGUCCCAGCGCGCUUAGGCACAGCUUCAGUGGACGCCCUGAAAAUGCCUUCACUGUACAAAGUGUCACGUUGUCAGACCAUCUCCCCAAGACGAAUUCUGACACACAUUUUAAGCCUGAGCCUGCUCGACUUACUACAAGCGCUACCAACUCUGUCAAGCUCAUUAAACUCAAAAAAGCCUCUGCUUCAUCUCAGCCACCCGAACCGAAGCUGCUCGAGCGCACAGAGAUUCCCAACACACCAUCACAGGGUUCAAGUCAGCUUGAGAAUCAUAUGCCAAAAGAGUCGUUCGAACACCUUCGCGACGACCAUGUCUCUCAACAGACCCACCAUAUGCAAGAUGAUGGCGAUGCCUUAGCCCUGGACGCUUCAACCUACGUCCAAAAGCCCACUCCUUCAAACACUCUUUGUUCAACUUGUCAAAAGCAGGAUGUAUUGGCCAAGCCUGGAGAGAAGGGUAUUCAUUGUUCUAGCUGUCGCACCAGACCACAUGUCGCCGAGAUAGGAAGGCUAGAGAUACCCGAAACUCCCAAUGUUGACAGUAGUCAUAACACACCAACCUUACCAACAAGCUCGGCCAGUUUGGUUGCAAAUUGCUCAGUUCCGAGACUGGAUGAUCACGAGCCGGUGGUGGUCUCUUCAACACAAGAAGUGCCCAUGUCAGAGGCCAAGCCUGACUCAGUAACGAGCCGGUUGUCCUGGUUUGAUCUAGAGCGGACAAAAAUUUCACCAGAAAUCAGGAAGGUUCGUGAUGAUGAACUGUCCUGCAUAUCUACCGCAAACAUCCAAGCUAAAGAUGCCGCAACCACAUUACACGAGACUUCCCUUGGGCAAAGCACGUCGAUGGAAGUGGACCCAAUUGCUGACAUUAGCGAACAGAAGGCUGUUCUAAAAGCGAGGCAGGUACGGCAGGAAACCCCGACUUGCGACAACGCUUCAGUACCGCAAGUCGAUACGCAGCGCAAGAGAUGUGUUCAAUCUGUUAAGAAUCCGAGCCCUGUUGAACCUUGGAAGGCCUCUGAACCUCGCCGUACUCAUGUUGUUUCACCCAGCAAACUAGAUACGCCGGGAGAGAGCGAGCCUCCGAGACUUGUAAUCGCCGUCCCUGAACCCGUUGAAUCGAGCACAGGUAUUCUGUCCAAGCAAGCCUCUGCUGAAUGUACGACUGAUCGAGCUGUUCUUACAUCAUCUGCUGAAGAACAGACGCCAAAAGUUUCGGAAUCGAAAGGGACGGCUGAAGGUAUCCGCUUUCUUCUAGACCUGAACGUCUCUAUGUGCCCGACUCUAGCAAGCACAGGUUCGCCAGAACCUAAAAAACGUCUAAACAACCGCGAUUUAGCCAGGAUAGCACUAGUUUGUGCUAAAGGCACAAGGUUGACUGCGAUGCAGGUUAUUGACUGGUUGGCUUCAAGAUUCUCUUACUUGGAAAAGGGUCAGGGCGCCUGGGAGAAGAGUCUAAAGUCGGUCCUCUCUUGUCUACCAGAAAUCCAUGGCGUGAAGGCUCCGCAUGAGUCACGAAUUGUGUACAGCUUCGCCAGCCCAGCCCUCAGAGCGAAAUACGAGCAACGAUAUCAAAGCUACCUUCCACCAGUAUCAGUACCAAUACCAGUACCUCAGGGUGAUGGUCAGAAGGCUGGGAAGAGUGCACGACAACGGCACGGAGCAGACGUUAUUUGGCAACAUGAUGGUGGCCAAAGUGAGCCAUUGACUCAGAUCGAGAGAAGUGUUACAAAAGCUAUUUGGAGUGCUCGAAGCCGAACUGUUACACCCCACGACUCCCUUCCACCGCCUAAAGUCUUUGAGCAAACAUUUUCCAAGCCUGUUCCAACGCCCGUGACUGAGCUUGCCGAAAUCGACACGUCAGCAGCUAUUCCGGACGGCGAAACAAUACCAUCAACCCCGUCGAGCCCGUCGGACUCCGGACCCAGUUUUCAGCAUGCCAAAUCAAACAAAGUUAAAAUCACUUCAGAAGAUGACGCAAUGUUCAAUCCGUUCGAGCGUAACAGUGCGCCCCGUCCGAACAUUACGCUUUCUGAUGAUUUGGAGAUCAAAUGCGAAACGAGCUUACGCAGUGUCUAUCCGCGCACUGGAGCGCCUACGAUUGAGACCAUGUCGCUAGACGAGAAGACUGCAAGAAUUGCAGAAAUCAGAACGAGGCCGAAACGGAAAGAGUUUUUUGGUUCAGUCUAUCGUCUGGCACAUGUGCGAAGAUAUGGACGGCAGGAUAUUCACAACGAGAGUGACGGUGCAUGGAAACUCGACUCCACAACGAGGCCGGUGCUGAGGCAUGAUCCUGCCAUAAAUGACUGCGAUGAGAACCGAUCUCUACUAGAUGUAUUCAAUUUGCCGAAUAACGCCAUCCCUAUGAACGACGGCAAGGAGCUGGCUUUCCGAGAUGGCACGUUGGUUAAUGGCCGAUUACCUCGGCCACGGCACAUAUAUCGAGUGGGCAAAGUCUUUGGAGGCGAGCUCACCAUUCGCUAA